UCCUUUAGUUUACGAUCAGUAUAACUGUGAAACAAUGUCCUGGAAACAUAACCCGAUGUGAAAUAAAACGGAACAAUGUGGGCGGCCGCACUGUAGCAAAUGCAGUCACGAAGGCUGACACAGCAGCGAGAUGCCUUACAGUGUGCCUUUACUGUAGGUUUUAUGUAAGCCUUGUCAGCUGACGGUCUUUGCUGAAUCAUGCUUGCAAAACAGUAUCGCUAACUCCGCCUCAUCGGGAAGUGAAUCAGCCAGUUAGUCUUCUAGAUCAGUCUGCGAAGGCGACGUUACAAAGCCGGCGUGAGCAGCGGACCUCGUGCACUUUAAGGAGCUUACUGAAGCGAGCUGAACUUCGAAUCGGAAAGUGAGAAAUCGCCCACAAUGUCUUUUGACAUGAAGAAGUUGACAAGUGAGCAGCCUGCUCUGCCUGUGGUGAUAGUCGGAAAUGGACCAUCUGCAAUCUGCCUGUCGUAUUUCCUCACGGGUCACAGACCCUACAUAAAGAAUGGAGCUGUCCACCCAAACCCGAUUCUCCAAAAGAAAUUGCAGCAGAUAGGCGAUUGCUCUUUAUUGGAUCAGGAUCUUGAGUAUCUGGCAGAAGGUGUGGAGGGCCGCUCCCAGAAUCCUAUGGCUGUUCUGUUUGAUUCCCUAGUUAGACCCGACAGAGAUUUUGGUGGAACAGCUGAUUCGGUGCUUACAUGGAAGGAGGAUCACAAGGAUCAUAUCCAGCAUCUGGUAUUGGGCAAAGGUCCUCCUGGGGGCUCCUGGCAUUCUUUUGACGGUUCGAUGACCACGUUGAGUCUUGGUGAAUGGAUGGAGCUUCCAGGUUUAAACUUCAGAGACUGGAUAAGAAGAAAGGGCAGGAACCUAAGGAACGACAGAGCUACAACCAAAGAUGUCGCCCAGUACUAUCAGCACUAUGUUAAGGUCAUGGGUCUGAAGAAAUAUUUUGCCAGUGGGACUUUGGUGACUUCUAUCAAGCCAGUUGACUUGUCUUCACUUCAGAGGACAUCUCUGAGUCUGCAUUCUACUGAGGACUUGAGUAAGAAGUUGUAUGAGAUCAAAGGAGUUUGUCUGUCUAAGGAGGCACCAGAGACCCCUUUCUGUGUAUAUGCAGAGAAUGUGGUUUUAGCAACGGGUACUUAUGACAGCCCAGCCCACCUUGGAGUGGAUGGAGAAGACUUCCCUUUUGUCUACCACAAGAUCUCUGAUCUAGAGUCGGCUGUUGAAGAGCAGAGACUCGGUCCAAAUUCGGAUCCUAUCUUGGUAAUUGGGGCAGGCCUGACAGCAGCAGAUGCAGUGCUACUGGCACACCACAGAAAUGUUCCAGUCCUUCACACUUUUCGUAGAGGCUUGAAUGACUUGGGUCUUAUCUUCAACCAGCUCCCUCAGAUGAUGUACCCAGAGUACCACAAAGUCCACCAGAUGAUGAGAGAGAAGUGCUGCCUUCCAUGUAAAUGUUAUACUGGGUACAGGAGCCUCCCACUCCACCAUGUGAAAAGCUUCUCUUCAGACAAGACCUGCGUCCUUAAGAGCACAAAAGAGGGAAAGAAGGUCUUCAGAAUCUCAAUGGCAUUUGUCCUUAUUGGAUCAAACCCUAACCUUUCCUUCUUGGCCAAUAGUGGAAAACAUUUAACUGUUGAUCAAGAGCAUGAGGUGAACUGUAAACGCAACCCCAUAGACACACACCCCUUCACGUACGAGAGCCUGCAGGAGCCAGGCCUGUACGCCUUGGGGCCGCUUGCAGGGGACAGCUUUGUGCGCUUUCUGCAGGGUGGGGCGUUGGCAGUUACUGCCUCCUUAAUUCAGAAGAGGAAGGUACAGUCCGUCAGGUGACUGCGGUUUGGGGGUCCAAGGAUGCUGUUUGUUUCAGUUUGUAUUAACGUUUCAAAUGAAAUGUCAUAUCAAUGUAAUGAAUAUUUCAAAAUUGAAAUUGUAACACACAAACUUUAUUAUGUGUGUGUGUGUA